AAACCAAUAAGUUUAGCAUAUCCGACCAAAAUCCGAAGUCCGAAGUACUACCCAAAAUAACCAUCCUUGCCCAUCGGCAAUGACCUAUCUAUGAGACCUCGGCUAUUUGCAAUUAAAACUGACCAGAACUCUUGGAGCAAGGUCGAGACUUGUGAUCAGCCAUGGACGCGAAGAUGGAAGAUGCCCCGUCGUCAAUGACGGAAGUAAUUGUUGAUAAAUCUGCGUAUGAAAUACUGAAGAACACCAAAAAUGGUGUAGAAGAGAUAGUAGCAAAGAUGCUGUCUCUGAAAAAGGAUGAUAAACUUACACCUGAAAUCCGUGAACUCGUCACUCAGAUGUUCCUUCACUUCGUUUCACUCCGCCAGGCGAACCGUAAGAUUUUGAUGGAAGAAGAUCGCGUGAAAGCCGAGACUGAACGUGCAAAAGCACCUUUGGACUCAAGAACUUUGCAGCUUCAUAGUUUGAUGUAUGAGAAGAGCCACUACUCUAAAGCUAUAAAGGGAUGCAAAGAAUUCAAAUCGAGUUAUCCUGAUAUUCAACUUGUUUCUGAAGUUGACUUUUUUAGUCAAGCUCCCGAAGAGUUCAAAGGAUCUGCCAUAUCAACUGAUAAUGCUCACAACUUGAUGCUUAAGAGGCUUAACUAUGAGCUUUUCCAGAGGAAAGAGCUUUGCAAGCUUCUUGAAAAGCUGGAGCAGAAAAAAAGAAGUCUUCUGGAGAACAUCGCCAACAGAAAGACGUUUUUGUCUAGUCUUCCUUCGCAUCUCAAGGCUUUGAAGAAAGCAGCCUUGCCUGCACAAAACCAACUAGGACUUUUACAUACAAAGAAACAAAAGCAGAUACAUGCAGCGGAGUUGCUUCCUCCACCAUUGUAUAUCACUUACUCUCAGUUCAUGGCUCAAAAGGAAGCCUUUGGAGAAAAUAUCGAGUUGGAAGUAAUUGGAAGCUUGAUAGAUGCACAGAUCUUUAGUCAGCAGCAAAUCAGAAAAGAAAAUGGCAUAUCGUCAACACAGGAGAUUUCACGGAUUGAUAACGAUGAAAUGGAUGAGGAAAAUGACGGUCAGUGGAUUGGAAAACAGUCCCAAAAAAAAGCUGGCAAGGACAAUGUUGAGGCAGAUGGAUUAUAUCAAGCUCAUCCACUUAAAAUCAUUCUCCAGGUGUAUGAUGAUGAGGUUUCUGACUCAGAGCCUGCUAGACUUGUUACUUUGAAGUUCGAGUACUUGUUUAAGCUGAAUGUUGUAUGUGUGGGUAUUGAGGGCUCUGAUCAAGGGCCUGAAAAUAACAUUUUGUGCAAUUUAUUUCCUGAUGACACGGGCCUUGAGUUGCCUCAUCAGUGUGCUAAACUGCUCCUGGGUGAUGGAAUGAAGUUUGAUGAAAAACGGGAUAUGCGUCCAUAUAAAUGGGCUCAGUAUUUGGCAGGAAUUGAUUUUUUACCAGAGGUCUCCCCCACUCUGACUAUUAAUGAAGUUAGACAUGAAACUAGUAAAAAUACUGUUAUCUCAGGACUUACAUUGUAUCGGCAGCAAACUCGUGUGCAGACUGUGGUGCAAAGAAUCAGGUCAAGGAAGAAGACUCAGCUUGCUUUGGCGUGAGUCAAAUCCGUAUGUGUAGGGUUUUUAAGUGAUAUAUGAUUGAACAAGGCAGUGAAUAUGUGAAAUACAAGCAAAACCAGAAUGUACAUGAUUUUGUUAGAUUAUUCCCUCCUUUUGGUUUAGUUGUAGCUGCUACUUUUUGUGCUGGCAGAAUGUAAUCAAGGCUAUCUGCUAUUUGUUUUUCCAUGUUGAGUAUUGUCUUUGGUUAACAGGGAAAAGCUUGGUUCACUAACAAACCAAAUAUGGCUCUCUCUGACCUGCCAAAGUGUUCCAUUCGUCACUUUAAUGCCUUUUCGCCUUUGUACUGGUAGAUGGUUUGUAAUGACAGUUAAUAUCUACAUGGAAAAUCCGCUCAGGCCUUCUCUUUUCA